CCAUUAAGUUUCUUUUGAAACGCAGAGCGGUGAAAUGCUUCAGUGCUCAGUUUGAUUGCAUGCAGGUGCCUUUGGAAGUGGCCCUGAUGACCUUGGUGUCCCAGCCUGAGCAAUGCCCUAACAUCGUGCAACUGCUCGACUGGUUUGACUUUGAGAAUCUAUACGUCUUGAUCCUGGAGCGCCCCAGCCCCUGCGCUGACCUCUAUGAGUUCAUGGAGGUGUUUGGAGGCCCUUUCGAAGAGAUGGACGCUAAAUCCAUCAUUCAGCAGCUGGUCCAUGCUCUCAUCAGAUGCAGGGACAAAGGCGUCUUCCACAGGGACAUCAAGACCAAAAAUGUCCUAAUCAACAUCGCUGAUUAUUCAAUCAAAUUGAUUGAUUUUGGCUGUGGCGACUUGAUGCGAGACACCUAUACCAGCUUUGCCGGUACCAGAAGCUACACACCACCAGAGUGGCACCUGCAUAAAUGCUACGAGGCCUCCCCAAGCACAACAUGGAGUCUUGGAAUUCUGUUGUUUGAGCUGGUGUGUGGUUUCAGGCCCUUCAAGACCCCAUUGGAUAUCACGCGCAACCAGCCCAAAUUUGUUGAGGGUUUAUCCGAAGAAUGUAAGAACCUCAUCAGCUGGUGCUUGAGGAAGGAGGCAGAGGAAAGACCCACUUUGGAGGCUAUCUUGACACAUGAGUGGAUGACAGCUAAUCUGUCAUAAAUGGUCACAGGGAGAAGCAGACAGGGGAGAUAAGGGACAACGUCAUCAGCUGCCUCUUCCAUCAUCAACAGACCAAAAGAAAAGCAUCUGAGUACACCAAGUCUCACCUGGGUGGAGCACCACAUUAUUUGGCAACACCCAAUAAGAGUAGCCUACAUUACUCUCACUGGCAACACCACCACACAGAAGGGCACCUGUGACUCGCCUCCUCACAGUGUGUCAGUCUUGGCCAUAAGAUUUUGACUGAAUGUGAAAGAUCAGAGCAUGUACUCUCUCCACCAGUUACCAUCUUGCUGAUGCUCUCCCCUGCUUCCCCACUACUGGCACUUCCAUUGGAAAGCGACCCC